CACUGAGAGUUCCAGCGUCCACUCCCGAAGCCCUUCGUAUGAGAGCGUUUGGCUUCCGGACGAGGCCGGUGGCCUUGCCCUCCCAGGACACUACUGUUGUCCAAGAGAGAGACCAGGAAGAGAAGGCAAAAAUGAGUGUUGAGCUAGUGAAAGCCAUGCCCCAGGACUUAGUGACAUUUAAGGAUGUAGCAAUAGACUUUUCCCAGGAGGAAUGGCAGUGGAUGAACCCUGCUCAGAAGCACUUAUACAGGAGUAUGAUGUUGGAGAAUUAUCAGAGCCUGGUAUCACUGGGCCUUUGCAUUUCUAAGCCAUACGUGAUAUCCUUAUUGGAGAAAGGGAAAGAACCUUGGGAGAUGAAGAGUGAGAUGACAAGAAGUCCGUUUUCAGAUUGGCAAUCUAUAUAUGAGACACAAGAAUCGUCUCUGAAGCACUUCAUGUACAAUGAUGCAUUCAUAGAGAGAAUUACAAGCUAUGGACUUGAGUGUUCCACUUUUGGAGAAAAUUGGAAAUGGGAAGACCUUUUUGAGAGACAGAUGGGAAGUCAAGAGACAUUUAGAAGGACAGAAACAGUCACUCAUAAAAAAACCCUCACUAAGAAAACAGACCACAAAUACACCAAAUUUGGGAAACUUGUCCAUCUGGACAAUGUAGAAGAGAGUGUUUAUAAUCACAAGUUAGAAAAAAAAAGCUUCUCCAAAAAGUCUGUGGUAAUAACACACAAGAAGGUCUAUGUAUCAAAGAAACUUUUUAAAUGUAAUGAAUGUGACAAAACCUUCACUCACAGCUCAUCCCUUGCUGUUCAUCAUAGAAUUCAUACUGGUGAAAAACCAUAUGAAUGUAAAGAAUGUGGAAAAGCCUUCAAGCAGAGGCCACAUCUUGCUCAACAUUGUAGAACACAUACCGGGGAGAAACUCUUUGAAUGUAAAGAAUGUAGGAAAUCCUUCAAACAAAGUGAGCAUCUUAUUCAACAUCAAAGAAUUCAUACUGGAGAAAAACCAUAUAAAUGUAAGGAAUGUAGAAAAGCCUUCAGACAGCCUGCACAUCUUGCUCAGCAUCAGAGAAUUCAUACUGGAGAGAAACCCUAUGAAUGUAAGGAAUGUGGCAAAGCCUUCAGUGAUGGCUCAUCUUUUGCUCGACAUCAGAGAUGUCACACUGGCAAAAGACCCUAUGAAUGUAUUGAAUGUGGGAAAGACUUUCGGUAUAACUUAUCUCUUAUUCGUCACUGGAGGAGUUACCAUACUGGAGAGAAGCCUUUUAAUUGCAGCGAUUGUGGGAAGGCCUUCAGCGUUCACAUAGGACUUAUUCUGCAUAGGAGAAUUCAUACUGGGGAGAAACCCUACAAAUGUAACGUAUGUGGAAAAACCUUCAGCUCUGGUUCAUCCCGUACUGUACAUCAGAGAAUUCACACAGGAGAGAAACCUUAUGAAUGUGAUGUUUGUGGGAAAGACUUUAGCCAUCAUGGGUCACUCACUCAACAUCAAAGGGUACAUUCUGGAGAGAAACCUUACGAAUGUAAGGAAUGUGGGAAAGCCUUCAGGCAGAAUAUACACCUCGCUAGUCAUUUGAGAAUUCAUACUGGCGAAAAACCUUACGAAUGUAAAGAAUGUGGAAAAGCGUUUAGAAUCAGUUCACAGCUGGCUACACAUCAGAGAAUUCAUACUGGAGAAAAGCCUUAUGACUGUCAGGAAUGUGGAAAAGCUUUCAAACAGAAGUCACACCUUGCCCAACAUCAGAAAACUCAUACAGGAGAGAAACCUUAUGAGUGUAGUGAAUGUGGGAAAGCCUUUAGCCAGACUUCCAACCUUAUUCAACAUCAAAGAGUUCAUACUGGAGAGAAACCCUAUAAAUGUACUGAAUGUGGUAAGGCUUUCAGUGACAGCUCAUCCCGCACUCAGCAUCAAAGACUUCACACUGGCCAAAAGCCCUAUCAAUGUUUUGAAUGUGGUAAGGCAUUCAGAAGAAAGUUAUCCCUUAUUUAUCAUCAAAGAAGUCAUACUAGAGAGGAACGUUAAGAAUGUACUGCAUGUGUCAAAACUUUUAGCUAUUCCUUACUGUUCAUCAGAGAACCCAUUCUGAAUAAAAACUGUAUGAAUGUAAGGAAUAUAGAAAAACCUUCAUCCAG